AUGUCAGCCCUCCUCAAAGCAGUAUGUCGUUCCAUGGAACGAAUCGCCCCUCUUCGCUUGGCAGAAAAAUGGGACAAUGUCGGAUUGCUUCUAGAAUCUCCCGUUGUCCAUUCGGGGCGAAAUAAAGUAUUAUUGACCAUCGACUUGACACCAGCUGUUCUGGAAGAGUCGUUAAGGGAAAGGGUGUCCGUCAUUGUUGCCUACCAUCCGCCGAUUUUCAGACCCCUUCAAACGCUCACCCUCUCCAACCCACUGCAGGCGUCGCUUCUCAAGUGUGUCGCAGAAGGCAUCUCCAUUUACUCUCCGCACACUUCGCUAGACAGCGUGUGGGGAGGAGUGAAUGAUUGGUUAGGCGAGGGUGUUCUCGGUUCGGCGAGUGUGCAGGCUGGGAAAAUCGAGUCCCUCGUUGGCGACAAAAUUGGCCCCGAUGGAGAAACAAAGGGGGCCGAAGGCAGACUCGUUACUCUCAGCGAGCCGAUCACCAUGAGCGACCUAGAGUCUAGGAUCAAACAGCAUUUGGGUCUGGAGAGAAUCCAAGUCGGGUACGGCACAGAUGCGGGGAGGCACGGUGUUAUCAGCACCAUAGCCAUCUGCGCUGGGUCAGGAGGGUCGAUGCUAGUGGGUAAAAAGGCCGAUGUCUAUUUCACCGGAGAAAUGGCGCAUCAUGAAGUCCUUGCUUCAAUUGCUAGCGGAACAAACGUGGUCCUAUGCGGCCAUACCAAUACUGAACGCGGAUAUCUGCCGGUCCUUGCUGCAUGGCUCAACGAAGAAUUUCAAACCCAGGAGACGGAUGGCGACUUGAAGGGGGUUGACGUCGUUAUUAGUCAAGCAGAUAAACACCCAUUGUUGUUGGUGUAA